CGGGUCUGGUGGUGUUUCUGGUCGCUCUAGUAGGGUUGACGUUAGCGAUGGCCGGCUCGCACCUCUUCUACCGCAACUUACCUGGCGGAAAAUGGAAAUCGGUAUUGACGGGGCCGUUGAUGAUACCAGCUUGGAAGCCCGAGUUCGCAUUGCCAAAAGACACUGACGACGCCAUGGUGGCAGCGAGAAAGAGAGAGUCGACUGUCCCCCAAGGCUAGCGGCUGGAGGUCUGCAAGGUUGCCCAAAGGCUGGCAGGCAACCCCAAAAAAGCAAUAUGAACUCGUUUUUAGACGACGCUGAGACUGUUCCUCAUCGCCUUACCAUCACUACUGCCAACUACGAAUGGCCGAACCUCUUAGUAUCGCCGCGAGUAUCGCUGGCGUCACGGUCCCAGCCUUACAUGGUGCAAGACUGCUUCUGAACGACCUACAGAAGAUCAAAGAAGCUCCCGAGACUAUCCAGCGCCUCGAGGCUGAUAUCCGGUCUGUCGACAUGGCACUUUCCUUGCUCCGGACCGUGGAAGAUCGAGAAUGGGAAUCACUUAGUGCAGAUGUAGCGGAGGAGUCGAAGACAACCAUCAGCAGCUGUGCAAUAGCAUGCGAGGCGUUCAGGUCUGACCUCCAGCGGUGGAUCCGACAUUCCAAAGACGGGAAAUUGACGUGGCACGAUCGAGCAAAUGUGGGCUUCUUCAAGCAAGAACGGAUCAAGACUAUGUCUGAGCAGCUUCAGAACUGCAAGCGCACUAUUAACCAAGUAGUCAGCAUAGCAACACUGUAUAGCUCUAUUCGGCAUACGCAUAUCACUGAAGAAAUCAGGCAGACUAUACACACUAGACAGACUGAGAUUGGACGAGCCAUUGUUGCGACAGAUGAUCAGCUGCUUGAAUCUGGAAACAGGUUGGAAGAGAUCAAUGAGCGCAAUAUUGACACCAGUGAUCAGGAACAAGCCGAGAGCAAUGAGAGCAGGGCUGAGGCACUGCGGCAACUCGAGGAAGAACGAAAAGCGUUGAACGCGUCACGGAAGCUGCUGGAUGAGCUGCUAUCCAAGUCACAGGAAGAAGCGGUUGCAAAAGCCGCUGCAGAGAACCAGAGCCGUUCAACUACCGUGAUGUUCGGCAAUCAGAACUCGGGUUUCCAAGCUGGUAUCAUUAAUGGUGGGAUUAGUGGACUUAGUUUUGGAGGAAAGUGAAGCAUUUACCUAGGUACGGUACUAGGUCAUCAGUUUGGACACACGAAUUUUGCAACUGCUUGGCCUCUACUCUUGCUCGCUCGACACUACUGUAAGGAGGACCUCAGCUAGUAGGUAUUAACUUCGUCAAAAGGUAGUCUGAUAUCUAAUACGUUGGCAUCGUACUUGGAGUUUCAAGCCUACUGGUUUAUCCCAAGCAGUUGCAGGGAGUGCCCAAAUUCGUGUCUUGGUACUGUAGAUUCCGCAUCCGAACAACUGAAUGGCACCUUUAAACUGAGCUAUGACUAUGGAACUCUAAAUUCUCGUGGCGGCAGUAGUGCAGCAAGCUCAAAUGAGACUGUCG